GAAUCAGCGAAUCGUUUAAUGGUAACAACAAAACCGAUGAGGGUACGAACUCAUCACAUAGGACACUUACACCCGUAUGGGUCGUCUUGUGAUCAGUUUUUGAAACCAUAAACCAUGCCGCUGAAGAAGGGGAAUGAAGCGGAUCCUUGCAUUGCCCAACAACUCUCGCGGUCUCGCUUUCCUUCCAACUUUGUCUUCGGGGUCGCCACUUCUGCUUACCAGAUUGAAGGAGGUUGCAAGGAGGGUAGUAAGGGUGCCAGUAUAUGGGAUGCCUUUACACAUAUUGAAGGAAAAAUUCUUGAUGGAAGCAAUGGUGAUGUGGCAGUGGAUCAUUAUCACCGAUACAAGGAAGACAUUGAGCUCAUAGCAAAGAUGGGAUUUGAUGCUUAUAGAUUUUCGAUAUCAUGGUCUCGGAUCUAUCCUGGUACGUCCAAAUAG